AGUAGAGGAACGUUAGUUUUUCAGUGAACAUUGCGAAGAGUGGAAGGAAUUUGUUGCAAUUAUUUGCCAGUUUCGGUGUGAAUUCUGUGAAUUUCCUGUGCAAACGCUGUGCGUAGACACUCUUGGACAUCCCCUUGUGGAUUAAUUGUGGUGAAAUUGUUGAAAAUCCGCUGAUUAUUCGCUUGAAAAGCGAGGCUGUGCAGAAGACGAGCUGAAGAUGAGAAUACUGCGAUUGCUGGCCGUGGUGGCCUUCGUCGGCCUGGCGCUGGCGGAGGACAAGAAGGAGAAGGACAAGGACAUCGGAACCGUCGUGGGCAUUGACUUGGGCACAACGUAUUCAUGUGUUGGCGUUUACAAGAACGGUCGCGUGGAGAUCAUCGCCAAUGACCAGGGAAAUCGCAUCACGCCGUCUUAUGUGGCUUUCACGGCUGAAGGUGAGCGUCUGAUUGGCGACGCGGCCAAGAAUCAGCUGACGACGAAUCCUGAGAACACUGUGUUCGACGCCAAGCGUCUGAUUGGGCGUGAGUGGAGUGACACGACGGUGCAGCACGACGUGAAGUUCUUCCCCUUCAAGGUGAUCGAGAAGAACAGCAAGCCGCACAUUCAGGUGGCCACGGGAUCGGGCAGCAAAGUGUUCGCGCCGGAGGAGAUCAGCGCCAUGGUGUUGGGCAAGAUGAAGGAGACGGCUGAGGCGUAUCUGGGCAAGAAGGUCACGCACGCCGUGGUCACAGUGCCGGCAUACUUCAAUGACGCUCAGCGUCAGGCGACGAAGGACGCUGGCGUGAUUGCCGGGCUGAAUGUGAUGAGAAUCAUCAAUGAACCCACGGCGGCGGCAAUUGCUUAUGGGCUGGACAAGAAGGAUGGCGAGAAGAAUGUGCUGGUGUUCGAUUUGGGCGGCGGAACCUUCGAUGUCUCCCUGCUGACCAUCGACAAUGGUGUGUUUGAAGUAGUGGCGACGAAUGGUGACACGCAUUUGGGUGGCGAAGACUUUGAUCAGCGCGUCAUGGAUCACUUCAUCAAGCUGUACAAGAAGAAGAAGGGCAAGGACAUCCGCAAGGACAAUCGCGCCGUGCAGAAGCUGCGUCGUGAGGUGGAGAAGGCAAAGCGUGCACUGUCGGGAAGUCAUCAAGUGAGAAUUGAGAUUGAAUCGUUCUUCGAGGGUGAAGAUUUCUCUGAGACGCUGACGCGUGCGAAGUUUGAGGAGUUGAACAUGGAUUUGUUCAGAUCGACAAUGAAGCCGGUGCAGAAGGUGUUGGACGAUUCGGACAUGAGCAAGAAGGAUGUGGAUGAGAUUGUGCUGGUCGGAGGAUCGACGCGCAUCCCGAAGGUGCAGCAGCUGGUGAAGGAGUACUUUGGUGGCAAGGAACCGUCGCGUGGCAUCAAUCCCGAUGAGGCUGUGGCUUAUGGCGCUGCCGUGCAGGCUGGCGUGCUGUCUGGUGAGCAAGACACCGAUGCCAUUGUCCUGCUGGACGUGAAUCCACUCACGAUGGGCAUUGAGACUGUUGGUGGCGUGAUGACGAAGUUGAUUCCGCGCAACACAGUGAUUCCCACGAAGAAAUCGCAGAUCUUCUCCACGGCGUCCGAUAAUCAGCACACAGUGACGAUUCAGGUGUACGAAGGCGAGCGUCCCAUGACGAAGGACAAUCACUUGCUGGGCAAAUUCGAUCUCACGGGCAUUCCGCCGGCGCCGCGUGGCAUUCCGCAGAUUGAGGUGUCCUUUGAGAUUGACGCCAACGGCAUUCUGCAGGUCACGGCGGAGGACAAGGGCACGGGCAAUUCGGAGAAGAUUGUCAUCACGAAUGAUCAGAAUCGUCUGACGCCGGAGGACAUUGAGAGGAUGAUCAAGGAUGCGGAGAAGUUUGCCGAUGAGGAUAAGAAGCUGAAGGAGCGCGUUGAGGCGCGAAAUGAGCUGGAAAGCUACGCGUACAGUUUGAAGAAUCAACUGGGCGACAAGGAGAAGCUGGGCGCCAAGGUGUCGGAGGAGGAGAAGAGCACGAUGGAGGAGGCGAUUGAUGCCAAGAUCAAGUGGCUGGAGGACAAUCAGGAUGCGGAUUCGGAGGAGUUCCGCAAGCAGAAGAAGGAACUUGAGGAUGUCGUGCAGCCAAUCAUUGCGAAACUCUAUCAAGGACAGGGCGGCGUUCCGCCCACGGACGGCGGAGAUGAGGAUGAUCUCAAGGAUGAACUGUAGGCAUAAAGAGAGGGAGUUAUAAGGAUUUAACAACUAAUUUAGGGAGAGAAAAGCUGAGUGAAAACAUGAGGUAAUUUAUAAUGUCCAAAAGUAGGAGAAUUUCGCGGAUAUAAAAUUGAUCACAGCUAUUAUUUAUUGUAAAAAAACAGAAUAUCUCUUUGAAAUUUUUAAUUCACCGUCAAGUUCAGUGUUUUCACAGGAGUGUCCUGGAUGAAGGACAUUCAGGAGGAAACUCAGAUACAAUUUCCGUUGGUAUUUUCUUUCAAACACACCUGAAGAAGAAAAGAAAAAGAACAGAUAGAAAAGGAGGAAAUAUAAGUUAAUUGACUGAUUGUGUGCGUGUGAUUUAUUAAGAUUAUGUAGCGAAUGUAUGAAGAGAAUUUUAUAAAUAAAAUAGAGAAAACUUAAA